UGUAAUUCCACAGGCGAGUGUUUCCGGUACUAUUCAGGUCUGACCCCCGGCUGGAGAAGAGCUUUUCUUCUUUAAACUGUGAAAAUCUCACCUUCGUACCUGAAUUGGUGGUUCUUUCUCCUUGUGUGAUCACUAAUGGGUGGCUGGUCACGUAGUGCAGUGUUGGAGCUGUACAGAGCGCUCCUCCGUGCGGGGCGGCACCUCCAGUACACCGACAGAAACUACUACCGCCGCGCCGUGACCCGAGAGUUUCGCCGCUGCCAAACUCUGAGUGGACCCCAAGAGAAGGAGGAUGCUCUAAAGAGGGGGCAGUUCUUCUUGAACAGCAAACUUGGAGGGCUUAUGUAG